CAUAUGCUCUGCCAAAUUCCUUGUAGCGCAUAAUGAUAAUGCAAGCGGCAGUCAGGAAUGUUUUGGUAUGUUUAGAAGCCAUGUGAAAUGGCGGAUUGUCAGUUCAACUCGAUUGUCGUGCUGUCGCAGCGACUAUUUCGACAGUCAGUCAGUCAGUCAGUCAGUCAGUUAGGCAGUUCGACUGCCGCUCUAAAAGCAAAGCGCUUUAAAUAAACAAACUAAUAGCUGAAAUCACGAAGCAAUAGGCCAGGUAAUAACUAUGCAGGUGCAAUAGAGACAGCAAUAGACGCGAGCGAGCGAGAUGCAAGACGUGCACUGUCUAUAGCAACGGCGGCAAUAGCGCCCAAUAUGUAUAACCCGAAUAAACAAACUAAUAAAACAUGCCUUGGGACCGACAACAUUCAGAGCACACACCACAAAGACACCGAAAAAAAAACAGAUAGAUAGAUAGAAAAUAUGGAAAACUAAAAGACUGCAAAGGAGAGACAACAGACAGGAGCUGCAUAGAGCAGCGAAGGACCUCAAGUGGAGCAGGCUGAAUCGAACUGAAAUUGAAAUCAAAAUACCAAAUUAGAUAACAUCAAACGCGAGAGAGAUAGGAGAGAGCGAGAGCAAAAGAGAAAGCAAGCACUCACAGGAUAAUAAACAUCCUUAUUAUGCAACGCUAAGGCAGCUAAAAGCAGUGUGUGCGAGUGUGUGUGUGUGUGUGUUAACCAUGUUGCAGUCGGAGUCUGUUGUCGUGAACAUUGCUGCUGCUGCCCAACAACGAUUAUGAAACACAAAAGUGGAUGCCACACGCACGGCAACGGGCCAGGCUGCAGGAUCAGGCAACAGCAGCAGGACGACAACAGGAGCAGCCACAGCCACAGCAACGACAGCCACAGCAGCAGCGACAAUUGCCAGGCGACGAACGCUGAUGUCGAUGGCCAAAUGUCGUGGCAGAUCUAUGCUGAACGAUGAGCCGCCCGAGGCAACGCAACAGCAACAACAGUUGCAACAGCAACAACAACAGCAGCAGCAACAACAACAGCAGGUGCAACAACAACAAACACACUUGCAACCACAGCCACAACAACAACUACAACCACAACAACAACAACAGAACUAUUUACCUCAAACAUCUUUGCUGAAAAUCGAACCAUUCGUUCCUAGUUUUAAUCAACGACUCCAACGUCGUCGUCCUAUUGGACGCUCCCACAGCACCCUCAGCCACAAUGUCAUGCCGAAGCGUGGAGCUGGAGCUGGAACUCCCGGAGCAACUGCAGCACAGCCCGAGCUGCUGGUGGGUCAUGGACAGCUGAAGCGUAGCUAUGCAGCCGCUGCUCAGUUGCGCAAUCAGCAGCGAUUGCAACGCGGCGCCGUCACGCGACAACGCUCCAAGUCCACCUCCUCCUCGGCGGCCUCCAACAACUGUCGUCCAGUCACAGCUGCAACAGCAGCAGCAGCAGCUGGCGGCUGCGGUGGCGGAGUUGGUGCUGUAACUGUCGCUGCCACGCCCACUACGUUGGUGGGCAGCACUGGCGGCACUUUGGUGAGCGGCGCAAUUGUCACUCCGCAGCCGAAUGGCAUCUGUCGCAUUCAGCGACUGCUUAAGGAACGCGAAGAGCUUCCGGAUCGCAUCAACUACGAUCGCAGGGGAUUGACUGCGAUUCCCAUCUUUGAGCACGAACCGAAUCUUCGGCUGUUGUCGCUGCAACACAAUUUGAUCAACACGUUUCACAUACCCAAGGAGCUGCCACCGCCGCCGCCACCGCCUCCGCCGCCAGCGCCACAAGCGACGCCACGUGAAAGUAACAAUCACGUGAUAUUAUAUUACAGUAAUCAAUCUUCAAAUUCCCUUUUUGCAGAGACUACGCUGCGUGGCGCGCACUCGCGCCUCACACGCGCCCUGAGCAACGCAGGCAAUCCUCACCAGCAUCCCCAUCUGUCGCCCAACUCGGGCAGUCCGUGUUCCGGCAGUCCGUUGACCACACAGGCGCUGGCCAUUAAUGGUGGGAAUCGCUCCAAGCUGCAGGCACACAAGCGUGGCUUCAACUAUGCCCAGGCGCAGCUGACGCCGCCGCCAGCGUUGCGUUUGCGUUUCGGACUGGAGAAGUCGAAGAGCUUCGUGUCGAACAGUCUGCAGGCGAUGAAGCAUCAACAGCAGCUGCUGCAGCGUCGACAGCUGCUCAAGGCGGCGGCCCAAGGAGCUGCUCAACAGCUGCAGAGCUGCGACGAAAGCAGCGUCCUGCACAGCAGCAAUCUAUCCCUGGUGGCUGCUGGUGAGGAAGAGGAACCCAGUCUGAUGAGCAAUGGGCAGCAGCUGGAGCAGCUGAGCAUUAAGAACAAGCAACUCAGUUUAAGUGCCUGCUAUGGCAUCAUCUUUCAUCAGUUGGUCUUUCUCGAUCUCUACGACAAUCAGAUCGAACGCAUUGCCAAUCUGGAUGGACUCCCGGUGCUCUCGGUGCUGCUGCUGGGAAAGAAUCGCAUUCAGGACAUCGCUGGAUUGGCUUCGCUGAGCGGAACGCUGCGUGUGCUCGAUCUGCAUGGGAAUAAGCUGACGAGUCUGGGGAAUCGAAUCAAUUGCCUGCAGCAGCUGAAGUCGUUGAAUCUGGCGGGGAAUCAAAUACGUCAGAUUAAUCAACAGGAUUUCCACGGCUUGCGUUUGCUAAGGGAAUUGAAUUUGAAACGGAAUAAGCUGCGUCGCAUCAACGGAUUUCAACAUCUGGUGGCACUGGAGCGUCUUUGGUUGUGCCACAACGAGUUGCACAAAGUGGACGACAUGGCGAGCAUCGCCAGAGCUGCUCGCUUACUCGAGGUGACCAUCGAAAAUAAUCCCGUUUCGCUCGCCGGCGACUGCGUUUCAUUCCUCGUAUCGCAUUUGCCGCUGCUGCAGUCCCUGAGUCAAAUGCCCAUCACGGAGCAAGUGCGUCGUGCUGCUCUGGCUUGGCGGCAGCACAAGGAACAGGCUCUGGCCACGCAUGGAAGCUCAGAUGCCUAUCACAGCAGCCGGCGGGAGGAAGUCAUCUCCAAUGCGCGCACCAAUUGGGAACUGUUGCGAUCACAGCAAACCCUGGGCAGACCGAAGGCCAUGCUAACCAGCGAGCUGGCCAAGAUUAAUGAGUCUAAUGAAGCAGCUUUGCUGGAGGAGGAGGAAACUCCCAUCGUCGAGACACCCCUGGAGAAACCGCAGCCAAGAGACGAACUCGCUGAACUUCAGGCGCUUUUCCGUUUGCCUCCCAUAGUAAAAAAACCUGAAGGCGAGGACGAUGCCUCCUCGGAGGCUUCUAGCCUGGGACCGAAUGUGGACUCCUGCUCCAGCUGCUACAGUAGUGACAACGAGAACGAAGAGCUGGGCAAGCGCAAGCUGGACGAGAAUUGCAACAAACUAACAACGCCGCCAAUUGCGCCGCCCGCAACUCCUCAACCUCCGGAACCGCCCGCAGCUUCGCCCUCGCCUCCUGCCUUGACUUUGACGCCGCCAGCGCCUGCCACGCCCACGCCACCGCCCAGCACCGUAACUCUCCCGCUGCCCACGCCGAGCACGACGAACACACGUCCCGGCAGCAGCAGCAAGCAGCGACUGCGACAGACGCCCAUCACGCAGUUGGGAUUGCAGGUAAACCGAGGUGGAGGAGGAGGGACAAGCAGUAAGCGUUACAUGGCGGGGAGUUUAGUGCGUGCCCAGACUAUCAGCAGCAGCGGGACCAGCAACAGCAGCAGCUCCAACAGCGCAGGACGCGGACGCAGCAGCAACAACAACAACAACAAUGGGAACUCGAAUCAAUCCUCGGCUAAUGUGGUGUCGCUGGUGGCGCCGCAGAGCAAGUGCAGCAACGUUCAGCAGCCACAGCAAUCCACGCAAGCAGCCACACCGCCAACGGCUGCGAUUACGGUGAGCAAACCCAGCGCAGCGGAACGAGAAAGGGAACAAGGAGGCGACUAUUUGAUUGAGAUUUGCGGACGCUAUCUCAACAUUUACGGUCAGGGAGCGUUGCGUUUCAUUGACAAGCAGUGGAAUCCGGCGAAAGCGAACGAUGUGCAUACGCUCAACUUUAGCUACAUCAAUUUCAACAGCAUUGUGUGCAUGCUGGGCAGGAUUAAGGUGCGUUUCCCACACGCCGAAACCUUUGUGUUCCGCGAGACAAACAUUAGCACGCUGGGACAGCUGAACGCUCUGGCGGAGCUGCAGGGAUUGAGUUCAUUACUCAUCGAUGCGGAGGGGAAUGCCAUCACUGGGAAGCCCGCUUGGCGUGCUUAUGCCAUCUAUCGGUUGUCCCACUGGGGACUGAAGCAGCUCAAUGGCCAGGAGAUUAGCGAGGCCGAAGUGGAGGCAGCGAAUUCAACAUACGCCGGUCUCUCGAAUCUCGUGUUGUGGUCGAUGCCUGAUGGCAUGUUGCAGCCGCUGUUGGCUCGACUCCGACUCGAUGAGACGUGCACCGCGAGCAAAUUGUCGCCCAAGGAUUGGUUGCUGCGUGCGGAGAACAAAUCGUUGCGUCUGGUUGUCGGUAAAGAGGCGUUGCAGUGGAAGAAGGCGCAGAGCAACACGGUGGCCAUGGUGGAGAGCAAUGCGGGAGGCGUCACCGCAAUGGCUCCGAGUGCGAGGGAUCGGGGUAGACAACAUUUUGCUUUGCUGCUGGAGAACACUUGCAAUGCCGUGGAGAAGUUGCACAAACUGGAGACGUUGUGGCCGAGCAUGUUGUUGGAUAUUGUGAGGAAUACGUUGCUCGAUUAUGCUCAGCUGGAUGUGUAUUUGCGCAAUCUGAUGGCGGAGCUGAUGAAGUGAUGAAGAUGACGAUGACGAGUGUUUCUUAGACUUAAGCUCGCUUUUAGUGAAGAGAAUUUUCGCCUGCCUGCACUCACUUAUGAUGAUCCUUAGGCAUUUAACCGCGAGAGUCCAAUCCGUUGGUCCAACAAACAAUCUUGUAAAGCAAAAUACAGGCAUCAAGUAGUCCAAUUUUUAUAUAUAUACUAUUUAACAUUAAACUUAAACAACAAAUAAACAUACAUUCCAAUUAAAAUCUUGCAGAU